AUUUAUUUAAGGUUAAAAAGACCUAAAAAGCUUUUUUAGUUGAUUAAUAAAUAAAAUAUUUCAUCUUAUUUAAUCAAUUAUGGAUAAAAACAAAUCACAAACUUUUAUUUUAAGUCUGAACGACUUCGGACAGAAGAUCUGCACGUCUCAAUCUGAGCCAGACAAGAAAUAUAUUUUAGACGAUGAAGGUAAUAUGACCGAAUAUUACCCAGAAACAUCUAUUUCAGCAGUUAAACUCGACUCACAAGGUAAUAUAAGCGAGGAAGAUAGCAAUGAUACUAGUAACAGUGAAACUCAAAUGAAUGCUUUGGAAGAUCCUACCCAUUUAGGUAUAAUGAAUGCAUUAGAUGGUGUCUCUGAAUUCGAAGAAAAUCUGAUGAACGAAUUAGAUUCUGAUUUCAUGAGCAUGGUACCAAACCCCCAAUCUCAAUAUAUAAUGCAACACAUGGACAUAAGAGAACCCUUGACGAAGCUUAGAAAACUUAUUGAAAAUAGAUUGGGCGUAGGACUGCAGGGAUAUGUUUUUGCUCUACAGGGUGUUCAAAUUCUUGAAGAUGAUAAAAAUUUGGUUGAACAGUGUGUUCAAGGGGAAGGGUUGGUACAAGUGAAUGUUCAAGUUCAAACUAAUUUAAAAAGGAUUAAUAUUAUUGAUGUAUUGAAACCUGCAGAAGACUACGUGCAUAUUGAAGAUUCAGAUAUGGAAAAGAUUCCAAUUGACGAAGAUUCUAAGGACGAACAAACGAAAACUACAGAAUUAUCGAACAAACCAAAAAAUAUUGUACAGUGGCAGGUGGAUACGAAUUAUAAAAAAGAACAAGAACGACUGAAAAUUCCAACUGAUCCAAAAGAAUGGACGACGCUGCAUGUGAGACAUUGGGUGCAAUGGGCUGUACGUCAAUUUAACUUAACUAAUAUAAAAUUGAGUGACUGGUUUAUGGAUGGCAGGCAAUUGGACACUUUGACCAUUCAAGACUUUCAAAAGAUUGUACCUAGUGAUCCCGGAGACAUUUUUUGGACACAUUUGGAGUUGCUAAGGAAAAUGAAAGUUGUUGCAACAAAAAAAGAGGACCAACCUAAAAGGAUAAUUCCAAAAAUAGUUAAAGUUAAUAAGUCUGCCAAAAAAGAUUUAAAAAUCUUAAAUUACUCAACCAACGUGCGGUACUUUGAUCCAGCAACUUACACUUGCACCAAUAAUAAAACCGGAAGCAACGGUCAAAUUCAAUUAUGGCAAUUUCUUUUGGAAUUAUUGACAACACGAGAUUAUAAAACUGUCAUUCAAUGGAUAGGUAAAGAAGGAGAAUUCCGUUUAAAUCACCCCGAAGUAGUCGCCCAUUUAUGGGGCGAGAGGAAGAACAAACCCAUGAUGAAUUAUGAAAAACUAUCUAGAGCUUUGAGAUACUAUUACGAUGGUGAUAUGAUAUCGAAAGUUCAUGGAAAGAGGUUUGUUUACAAGUUUGUUUGUGAUUUAAAGCAACUUUUAGGUUACAGUGCUGUAGAGUUGGCGAAUUUGGUGAAGCAUGGAAAUCCUAAUGAAGCUUGAUGAAUUUAGUUGAGGAUUUUUUUAAGAAUGUUACUGUGAUAUGGGUUU